ACAUCUGUCAACAAAGCCUAAGGUCUCGGUAGUCAGUUCCCCUUCGCCCGAUCCUCUCUCGCCGACUCCUCCCUCUAUAGUUUAUCGUCAUUUCCUUUUCCCUCCUCCUACAGAAGCCCGCCCGCCCCGCCCCAUCUCAAUCCUACCUAGGCAACCGAGGUCGAGUCGAGGCAAGCCCAUUCGUAACAGCGAACUGUCUGCCUCUCCGCCAGUCGUUCUGAAACAGUGCUAAGUAAAAGAAGUUCGGUGGAGACUGGAGGUGUGGAGACCGUUCUCGUUUGCCUCGUGUGAUCAGACUAUCAGCAGAGAAAUUGAUGCACGAGGAUGUUGUAGUUAUCAAACUCACGAUUAAUAAACAGAAAUAUACAGUAGGCUAUAUGUAAAAGUCUCUUAAUGCCAAUAGUUUUUGCUAAGCAAGUUUAAGCAAUAAUUCCUGCGAAAGAGCUGACCCACCGUCUGGUUACACACGAUGAUAGGAACGACAUUGCUCGUGGCGUCGGCUGCAGCUAUUACGCUGGGAUUCCUGAAGUUUGCGGAGGCGUCGACGAUGCUGGAAGUCGGGGUGUGUCCGAACGCCACAUCCGUCGCUGACCUCGACCUCCAGAAGCUGUCUGGAGAUUGGUUUCAUAUCCUCCACUUCCCAUCCGAGGACGAGCCUUUUACAUCUUGCACACACUCUACUUACACUUAUAAAGACGGUUACUUGGAACUGAUCAUGAAGGGACGAGACUCAUCUGGGAAAAGCAUCACACGUGAUGGAGUUCUGGGCAAACUUCUAGACUCUGAAACAGAAGCUCUACAGCUGGAUGUCGACAGAAUGCCACCUUUGAGUGUAUGGGUAACAUACACAGACUACACUUCAGUUGCCUGCUUAUAUUCCUGCACUCAAUUCCCUGGUCUUCGAGCUGAUUGGGCCUGGGCUAUUACCAGAUCCCCUCGCCCAUUAGUCAAACUCGUGGCACACUGUAGGACGAACCUUACCAAACUUGGAGUUAAUACAGCAAAAUUCGAAAGGGUCCCACAGCGAGCAUCUUGUCAUAAGCGGAAUAAGUCUUGAAUGCUUGUAAAUCUAUUGUAAAAUAAAUAUUAGAUGUAAGCUAUGUGGUAGUGAAAUAACACUAACAAAGGACUUUGUUACUUUAUAAGUGCGUUGACAGUAUGAUAUAUAUAUAUUUUUUUUUACAAAGUACUGUCACUGAAUAAGUGAGAUAUGUCUAAAAAAAACCAGACUUGUUGGACAUACGUAUAUACUAAUAGGAUUGUAUUGAUAUUUUAAUUAAAAUUUAAAGUAUGUAUGUAUCACUAAAAUCUAGAUUUUUAAAAAAACAAUUUAAAACCUUCAAGCCCUAUUUUCUUCACAGAACUUUUUCAUAAAUGAUCUCAAUCUCAUAACAUCCUCAACUGUGAUUGCAUUGUACAGUGAAGCUCUUAUUCCACCAACAGACCUAGGGAAAAAGAAAAUCUUAUUAGCAUGAAACUCUUAAAUAUAAAAUUUCUGGAAAACAAAAAUUAAGCGAUAACUCCAUAACUCGGAAAAGGUUUUUUCCAAGGGUAGUAAAAUUUCAAUUUAUGACUGUCAGAGGGCACUGAAGGAUGUUUUAGGGUUUAGCAAUCACGUUUUAAAUUUUCUGCUAAAAGUCAAAAGUUGAUAAAAGAAAAAGUUACAGAUGGAUAUGUGCACAGAUUGUAGAAAGAGUUUGGUAAACAAGAACAAAAGGGGGUUAACUGUGUAUCAUACAUUAUUUCAUCUGGCCUCCACUUACUGAGCUUGGAAAAAAAAUGACAAAUGAUGAAACUUCAGCGGACGUCAGAUUUUGACUAGCCUUCUGUGUCAACCAUUAUUCUGAUCCACCUGAUCUCACCUGUGUCCUUUUAGAGACAGCAAACCUUCAGCAGCUGCAGAGUCGACAAACUUCUUUUCCAUAUCUUCCUUUCCUUUGGCUCCACCAACCCUGAAGACUACAUUCAUUCUCGACCUAUGUGUAUUACAGGAAGAAAUAUCCUUUUCAAACACUAAUAAUUAUCAGUACUUUCUUUGCAGCUGUAUAUAAGUAGGAAAAGCUUUUCUUGGGUUAGUGACACGACAUUUAGGGAAGGUAAUGUAAACCUUCAAUUUACCAAUAAAUUAAUACUGUUGCCUUUC